AUGAAUGGAUUUGGGGCACCGGGAGGAAUUGUAGCUGGAACCAACAAUUUUGGCGGGACAUUUGGUCAGCAGUCAGGGUUUGGAGGAAAUACUGGGGGCUUUGGGAUGAAUACCGCAGCAGCUGGGGCCGGCUUCGGAUCAAUGCAAAACUCAGCAGGGCCAAUCAUACAGAGUCAUCAGGGAUCCGGAGAACAGGGCCGCUUUGGGGACGGAGCUUUUGGAGGAAGUACUUUUGCUGCUGGUGGCUUUGGCUUUGGCUCUGCCACGACCACGUCGGCACCUGCUGCUGGUGGCUUUGGCUCUGCCACGACCACGUCGGCACCUGCUGUUGGUGGCUUUGGCUCUGCCGCGCACACGUCGGCACCUGCUGCUGGUGGCUUUGGCUCUGCCACGACCACGUCGGCACCUGCUGCUGGUGGCUUUGGCUCUGCCACGACCACGUCGGCACCUGCUGCUGGUGGCUUUGGCUCUGCCACGACCACGUCGGCACCUGCUGCUGGUGGCUUUGGCUUUGGCUUUGGCUCUGCCACGACCACGUCGGCACCUGCUGCUGGUGGCUUUGGCUCUGCCACGACCACGUCGGCACCUGCUGCUGGUGGCUUUGGCUUUGGCUUUGGCUCUGCCACGACCACGUCGGCACCUGCUGCUGGUGGCUUUGGCUCUGCCACGACCACGUCGACACCUGCUGCUGGUGGCUUUGGCUCUGCCGCGCACACGUCGGCACCUGCUGUUGGUGGCUUUGGCUCUGCCACGCACACGUCGGCACCUGCUGCUGGUGGCUUUGGCUCUGCCACGACCACGUCGGCACCUGCUGUUGGUGGCUUUGGCUCUGCCGCGCACACGUCGGCACCUGCUGCUGGUGGCUUUGGCUCUGCCACGCACACGUCGGCACCUGCUGUUGGUGGCUUUGGCUUUGGCUCUGCCACGACCACGUCGGCACCUGCUGCUGGUGGCUUUGGCUCUGCCGCGCACACGUCGGCACCUGCUGCUGGUGGCUUUGGCUCUGCCACGACCACGUCGGCACCUGCUGUUGGUGGCUUUGGCUCUGCCGCGCACACGUCGGCACCUGCUGCUGGUGGCUUUGGCUCUGCCGCGCACACGUCGGCACCUGCUGUUGGUGGCUUUGGCUCUGCCACGCACACGUCGGCACCUGCUGCUGGUGGCUUUGGCUCUGCCACGACCACGUCGGCACCUGCUGCUGGUGGCUUUGGCUCUGCCACGACCACGUCGGCACCUGCUGCUGGUGGCUUUGGCUCUGCCACGACCACGUCGGCACCUGCUGCUGGUGGCUUUGGCUCUGCCACGACCGCGUCGGCACCUGCUGCUGGUGGCUUUGGCUCUGCCGCGCACACGUCGGCACCUGCUGCUGGUGGCUUUGGCUCUGCCACGACCACGUCGACACCUGCUGCUGGUGGAGGUAACUUGGGUAAUUCGGCAGCUGCUGCGACAAGUGGGACUGCUGUGGGUACGUGCAAGUCAGCUGCCGCUGAGCUGAAGGGAAAAGCGCUCUUUUCGAUAUUGGCUCAGUUUGACAAGGAUUUUGCUAAGGACUACCGUGAAUUUCAGAAACUGUCGCAGCACAUGCUUUUCCGUGACCGACAAAUUAUUGAUCGUGGCAAUGAGAUAUUAGCUUACAUUUCCCACUUGGAUGCCGCAAUUUCUUCUGCGGAGGCAUCAAAGGAGAGACUUUCGGAGCUAAAGAGCAAACAGGGGGCUAUUGCCGCGAUGAUGCAACGUGUAGAGGAUGCUGUGCAGCCCAUUUAUGCAAAACUGCGUCCAAACUUCACUAGGUUGGAUGAGCAGCGCGAGGCCACGUACACAGCGGUAAUUAACCUUUUUGAUGAGGUAGAGGCAUUCAGGCUGAGGUUGUCUCAAAGUGUGGCCCAACACAACCGUUCCCUCCGUCAGCUUCGGGAGUGUGAUGACUUAGAGAGGAUGGCGGGGCUUGUGGACUGCCAACUAAGUGCUUUAGAGAGGUGCUCCAAGCGGGCAGAAGAAUUGGAGUCUGAGAUGGACUUGCUACUUGGGAAAAAUUCCGCCAUGUGA